AUGAGUUAUUACUUUGUACAUUCGUUCUCAGGACGCUACCCUAAUGCCCCAGACUAUCAGCUGUUAAAUUAUGGGGCCGGCAGAUCCAUGGAUGGAUCCUAUAGAGAUCCAGGCAACAUGCACGCCGGCUCUUACGGGGGAUACAAAUACAAUGGAAUGGAUCUGAGCAUCAGCGGAUCAGCCACCACCUCCUCCUCCUCCAGCCAAUUUGGAGCGGUUGGGGAGAGCUCUCGCAUCUUUUCUGCCCAGGCAGCUCUCGAAAGCAGGUUAAGAGAGGCGUUCAGCUGCUCCUUGUCCUGUCCCAAAUCCCUCCCUUGCACAAGCAGCACCAGUAGUGGCGGCGUCAAUGAAAGCCGGGUCCUCCCACGCCAACCAGUAGCUUCUGUCGGCGCAGUUAGCGUCACCACAUUUGCCGAAAUAGACAAAACCAGCAUGUCCUCGCGAACCGAAGAGAGCGGUUCUCAAGCCAACAACGGCGCCAGAGUUCAGACGGAGCCAAACGCCACCUCCACGCCGGCCGCAUAA